CUCAUAUAUCUCGUAUCUCUUGCCCCUUCUUUCUCUGAAAUCGCCCAGUCACCAUUCUCUGUUGUUCAGCAUACACAAUCGAAGCACAGCACGAGUAUCACACUUGUGAGAAGAACGACUGCCAAGAAUGCCGCCAUUCGACGCCAAGGCCCUCCACUCUCGAUUUCAGAAAGCAAUAGACGAUGGGGUCGCUCCGGGAGUCCAGUAUACCGUCUUUGACAGGGACUCAACGCUCCUCUCUGAUGCGAUCGGGUACGCCAGGGUGUCCGCGACGGGGGAGAAGGAGGUCAAGAUGACCACGAACACCUUCUGUUGGCUGGCAAGCUGCUCCAAGUUGAGCAUCUCCCUCAUAGUCCUCCAUGUCCUCGAACGAGGCCUGGCAAAGGACGGCUCCUCGCUCGCGGAUUUAGAUUCUUCCCUGGCUCUCUUGCGAGUGCUCCCAGAAUUUGACCCCAAGUCAGAUACAUACGUGUCCAAGAUCCUGACUGGGUGGGGAUCAAUUGAUCCAGCGACGGGUAAAUUGACGCCUCAACUCACACCGAGAAAGACGAUCCCUACGAUUCGCCAGAUGCUGCUUCACACGGCUGGCCUAGCCUACCAGUGGUCAUCGAGCAACGGUCUCCAAAAGUGGUACGCACCGAGUCCAGGAGAAGGAGUUCCGCAGGCCGAUAUGCCUUAUGUCAAAGGCGAUAUUGCCGACCUGAAUGCUCCUUCUGUCCGUGAGGCAGGGGAGGACUGGGAGUACUCGCCCAGCUUGGAUUGGAUGGCCAUUUGGCUGCAGCGAGUCACGGGAAAGAGCUGCCGACAGCUCCAUCGCGAGAUCCUCUUUGAGCCGCUGGGAAUCGUGGAUAAGAUCGACACCUAUGUUGAUGAUCGUCCGGAUGAGGAGAAGGCUGCUAUUCACGUCAGAAACCCAGAAGGCAAAUUGGUCUCUAUUCCUUUCGCAGUGUGGUCCUGCCCUGAUCUCCCACCGAAAGGCAAAUUCAACUUUGGUACUGCAAUGCUACACGGGUCGCAUCAAGCCCUAGCAGCUACCUUUCAGGCUUGCAUGCGGAGAGACGAGCGCAUCCUCAGCGCAUCCACCUGGGCCUUGGCUCUAGCAGACCAUCCCGGAUCAGUCAAGGCCUCGCUUCCUUCACCGCUGCUGGAAUCCAUGAUCCCGGCGGUAGUCACAUCUAUGAAAGAGCUCAACCCAGGAAGCACCAAUGUCCCUUCCCUUCUUUCAACUUUCCGCAAUUGCACCACUACUACUUCGGGCAAGCCUGCAGGCUCGCAGACAUGGCUUGGGCUGGCCAAUUCGUACUUUGCCUUUAAUGAAGAGGCGAACAUUGGGUAUGCCUACGGGUGUAGUACGUUCCCUUGUGCUUCGGAAGAGUUUGUCCGACUGAGGGAAGACGUGGAGAGGAUCGUCUUUGGGCAAGGUAAAGGCCAAGGCAAGGCUCAAAUGAAUGGAUGUCGAGUGCAGGAAUAAGUCGCAAGUGAUGACGGGCAUACCAAUGCAGCGCCAACGGGCGCACGCUGUGCGUCGCUCUACGCUCUCUGCUUUGAUGUCGUGCAUCUACAUUUUCCGUUCUCUUCCCUUCGCUUGGUACUAUGUACAUUGAUCUCCUGCUCCAUUGCUCUCCCUCCUUCUUUCCCGAAGUACCGCAUCAUCCAAUGUACCUUGAGAUCGCUCUUCUCCUCUCC